AUGGAUAUCUUGCUCUCAUUGGCAAAUGGCCAGAACGACGAGUUGAUAUCGAGCAUUCAUUUCCCACCGCGGCGUUCCUUUGAUGCCGAGAAAGACUUGCCAUCCAACAUCCCUGCCGAUUGCAACCAGCAGGUAUUAAAUGACAGCAGUAAAGGUGAUGAGCUACAAAUUGGUUUCGCUAUCGGAACAUUCCACCGUGUGAUUCUUGAUUUCGUUGGCAAGAAGAAGGCAAUCAAACUGAAAGUGUUGGUCACGGAUAACGGCGUCGUAAGGCCGAAAGAUCUCAUAACAUGGCUGAUCAACGCUAGUGAGCUGGCAGCUGAAAAAGGGAAAGGGAAUUUGAACCAAGGAUUCAAAGUCCCGAUACUGGUGGCAAGACCUGUGAUUGGAUAA